AUGCAGAAAUGUGAUUUUGAUGAUAAUCAAGGUUCUAUUUCGAAUUGUGAAUAUGAUUUUGUUGCUACUAAAUCAGAUGAUAUAUCUGAUAGUGAACAUAUGUCAGAAGAAUCUGAUUCAUCAAAUUCCGACUUUGAACAAGGUGAUGUUGUUACAACUAGUCAACGAGAAACAUUACAAAAGGCUGGUACUACGUGGUUUAUACACCCAAACUUACUACAAAGUUGUAUAGCUGCUGCUGAUAUAAUGAAAAAAAAAGCCUGGUCCUACUACUAA